AUGAAUUUGGUCAUCACACGUUUGAAGGACGAUUUAUCGAGCCGGAAUCCUGUUUUUGUUAAUCUCGCUCUUCAGUGCAUCGCUAAUGUUGGAAGUCGUGAAAUGGCGGAGAAUUUCGCCCAAGACAUACCGAAGCUUCUCGUGUCUGGGGAAACUGUUGACUCCAUCAAGCAGAAAGCGGCUCUCUGUAUGUUGAGACUAAUACGCGUCGCUCCAGAACUCGUUACCUACGACGACUGGACUAUACGUACUAUUCAUUUGCUCAAUGAUCAACAUCUGGGUGUGGUUACUUUAGUUACUAGCCUCAUCGACACUUUGGUUAAACGAAAUCCUGAAGAGCACAAGGGAUGCGUUUCAUUAGCUUUUUCACUCUUGAGCCGCCUAAUCACCUCAUCGUACACUGAUCUUCAGGACUACACCUGCUACUUCGUCUCCGCACCGUGGCUUUCAGUCAAACUUUUACGAUUGCUACAAAAUUACCCUCCACCGGAGGACACCACCGUUCGAGCCCGCUUGACGGAAUGCUUGGACACUAUCCUGAAAAAGGUUCAGGAAGCUCCGAAAUCUAAGAACGUUCAGCACCCGAAUGCCAAGGACGCUGUUUUGUUCGAGACGAUCAACUUGAUUAUACACAUGGACUGCGACCCCAAACUGUUGAUUCGCGCUUGCAACCAAUUGGACCAGUUUCUGCUCCACAAAGAGACGAACUUACGCUACCUAGCACUUGAAUCUUUGUGUCUUUUGGCCACCAGCGAGUUCAGUCACGAAGCUAUCAAAAAGCACCAGGAGACCAUCGUUAGCGCCCUGAAGAGCGAACGCGAUGUUUCCGUUCGUCAGCGAACUGCGGACUUGCUCUACGUUAUGUGCGACCGCACCAAUGCUCAAGCGAUUGUCGGUGAGAUGCUAAAUUACCUUGAGGUGGCCGACUAUUCCAUUCGCGAGGAGAUGGUUCUCAAGGUGGCCAUGUUGGCGGAGAAAUACGUCACGGACUACUCGUGGUAUGUCGAUACUAUCUUGAAUUUGAUUCAGGUGGCCGGUGACUACGUCAGCGAGGAAGUGUUUCACCGGGUCAUUCAGAUCGUAGUGAAUCGCGAGGACAUUCAAGGCUAUGCUGCAAAGACUGCCUUUGAGGCGCUGCAAGCUCCGGCCUGUCAUGAGAACACGGUCAAGGUUGGCGCUUAUAUUUUGGGAGAAUUUGGCAACCUCAUAGCUGGUGACACCCGCUCCUCGCCGAAAAUCCAGUUCAAUCUGCUUCACAGCAAAUUCCACCUGUGCACACCUAACACACGACAGCUUAUGCUCUCAACCUACAUGAAAUUCAUUAAUCUGUUCCCCGAAAUCAAGGCAGAUGUGCAAGAUGUUCUUUUAAAUGACAGCAACUUGCGUAGUUCUAAUGUGGAGAUUCAACAACGUGCCACGGAAUACUUGGCCCUUUCACGCAUUGCCACUGAUGACGUGCUGGCUACUGUACUAGAAGAAAUGCCACCGUUUCCCGAACGAGAAGUGGAUUUAUUAGAUUUAGGCUCUCUCACUCCGCGCCCAGCCCCCACCACUGCGGCUGCCAAGCAGACGGCAUCUACACCAUCCAACAAUUCCCUGUUAGCUGAUUUGUUGGGAAAUGGGCAUGCGAUUUCUGACGGCACUAAUGGCUUUCUAGACGAAUCAUCAAUCACUAACAGACGCGAAUUCAUCGGCCUACUUAGUCGUCCCAGUGGUGUACUGUUUGAGAACAGCGUCAUUCAAAUCGGUGUCCGAUCCCAGUCAAACAGACAUCUCAGCCGCCUCACUCUCUUCUAUGGCAACAAGUCUGGGAACCGCGGUGAGGCACUGGACGAAAUCGGCCCUGACAGAGCCGUAAGUGUUGACUUGCAACCGGGACCUGGAACGGUCGAAUCUGGAGCGCCGGUUCAGCAGGCAACAAACAUCGAGUGCGACAAACCCUUCCCAGGCAACGUUACCCUCGCUCUUUCGUUUGUUUGCGGUGAUUCGAAACAUCGCUAUGUCCUCCUCUUACCAAUCACUUUGGGAAGGUUCAUUCAGCGUGCUGAAAUGGACCAAGCCACAUACUUCUCUCGUUGGAAGUUACUGUCCCAACCCCAACAAGAAUGUAGUUCCAUAUUCCGUUCGCAGUUUUCCAUGGAUCAGGUUGCAGUGCAGAACAAGCUCCUCGGCUUCGGUAUCAGUGUGUUGAGCGGGAUCGAUCCUAACCCAGUAAAUUACGUGGGUGCUGGUAUCCUUACAAUGAGUUCACAAGAAGUCGGAAUCUUGGUACGCCUGGAACCAAACGUCGACGCACAGAUGUAUCGGCUUACCGUUCGGAGCACGCGAGAUGUGGUCGCGAAGACUGUGUGCCAAUUGUUGCAGCAACAGCUCUAA